AUGAGUUUUCGUGGCCUGGACUUGCAGCUUCAGAAUCAAGCAAGCAUGCGGCCCAAACGUUGGCCCAGGCUGGAGCUGCAAGCAGGAGGCUCGGAGGCGGGAGCUGGGCGGGCGGAAGAGCUGGGACCGCCCGGCGCCAGGCGCAGCCAACUAGCAGACAGGGAGGGUGGGAAGGGCGGGCCAGCGCGUGCAGAGAGGCGCGGGCUGUCACAGGCGCCUCGCGCGCGCUGCAGGUGGCAACUUGGAGGUGCCACGGCCACCGUGACAAGAAGAGCCCGGGUCUGGCGGCCCCUAUCAGCCUCCGGGAGUCCUUUCCCGCCGCCAAGCCUGAGACGCGACCCGGGAAAAUCUGAAAGAAAAAGCGGCUGCGUGGGUACCUGUGAGCAGCCCUACCUCUCUGCUGCCCUUGCGCCACUUUUUCGAGGAACCUUGGACCUGGAGGCUGCGAAGAGGUUCCGGGGGCGCUACAGAGGAAGACUCCCAGUGACUCAGGCGCCGGAGGACGUCAUCCCUCUCCGCUCUGGCAACUCCUCCUCCUCCCCUCUCGCCUCCACCCUUCGCGCCCGCUGUUCAGCCUAUUCUGAGAUUCGGUGUCUUUGCCAGCGCGCGAAGUAGUGGCUGCUGUCACUCCUCGCUUUCCUCGCUAGAACUGGAGCGCCCCGGGGUCCCGCUCCCCACCCCGACCGCCUAGUUUUGCGCUGGAAGCGAGUGAGGCUAGCUGGUUCCUAGCGCCGAGA